AUGUCGACCUCUUCCACCUCCAAGCACAAACCGCGCCGGCGACAGACUCAGAAAGAAAAGACGCCUACCAAAGACUCCGAUCCUAUGCCUCGGACUCCCAGAGCGCACGCUACCUCGCUGGAAACUAUCGAAGUCCUGCCACGCACUCCAAUCACCUCGAGGACGCCCCGGCGCGGGUAUGCGGCGUGGUCUGCGGAUGAAGAUGGGCACGCUGAAGAAGUCGAGCUCAGCUUGCUCGGGGAGGAGGAUCGUCGACAGGCUGCCUCUGACCUGACUCUGGAGGAGGAGCAAGCAUACCUGGCGCAGGCGGACGGGAAGCGGCCGUUCUCGUCGCGGGACAAGCGCGCCAUCGUUCUUUUGAUCAUCCUCUACCUAAUCCAAGGAUUCCCUUUGGGUCUUGCCCUAGGGUCCAUUCCAUUCAUUUUGCGGGAACAUCUAUCCUACUCCGAAAUUGCCGUCUUCUCGCUUGCCGGCUAUCCUUAUUCCCUCAAGCUUUUGUGGUCACCUAUCGUAGACUCCAAAUUCUUCCCUUCGAUUGGCCGGAGGAAAUCAUGGAUCAUACCAAUGCAACUAAUCAUCGGGUCGAUCAUGCUAGCCAUGGCGUACCAUGCUGAGGAACUCAUGACCAACCCUGGUCAACACUUGUAUACCUUGAGCGCCGCGUUCACUUCGCUCGUGUUCUUCUCCGCCACCCAAGGCUGGGCUCUAACACUCCUUUCCGAGGAGAACCUCUCCUUUGCGUCAACAUGUCAAACGAUCGGCCUCAACACAGGUUACCUGAUGUCUUACACGGUGUUCCUUGCACUAAACAGCGAGGAUUUCGCUAAGAAGUGGGGCGUGCCAAGACUGACCUUGGGUGCCUACUUGACCUUCUGUGCACUCAUGUCAUUCGGUGUCACUAUUUGGCUACUAUUCAUCAAAGAGGACAAAGAGUCUACGAGCGAAGACAUCAGCGUGAAGGCCGUUUACGGCACUAUGUGGGAAAUAUGCAAACUACGCCACGUCCAGACUAUGUUCAUCGUGCACCUGCUCGCCAAGGUCGGCUGGCAAGCAAACGACGCCGUCACGCAGCUCAAGAUGGUCGAGAAGGGCCUCGGGAGGGAAGACCUCGCGAUCACGGUCCUCAUCGACUUUCCCUUCCAGAUCGUUGGUGGCUGGCUCGCAGGAAAAUGGUCGCGCGGGGAUAAGCCGCUGCGCGCGUGGAUAUACGCCUUCUGGCCGCGCCUCGCGCUCACUCUCCUUUUCACGCUAAUGGUGUACUGGUUCCCGGCGCCGCCCAUCCCGGCCGGCUUUUUCGUGCUGCUCGUGACGGCCACGAUUGCGCAGUCGUUCGCGGGGACUAUACAGUUCGGCGGGAUAUCUGCCUUCCACACCCGGAUAUCCGACCCUGUUGUGGGGGGGACGUAUAUGACGCUGUUGAACACGUUUACAAACCUCGGCGGGACGUGGCCUCGUUUUUUCGUCCUCAAAGGGGUCGAUUUCUUCAGCGUGGCUACGUGCGAGAUCAAGGAGUCCGGGCUGUCAGUCAAAGCGCACGAGUGUGUCUCCGAGCACGGAAAGCUCGCGUGUACAGAUCUCGGCGGCGAGUGCGUAACCGAGCAGGACGGGUACUACAUCGUGUCCGCAAUCUGCCUCGGGUUCGGCGUGCUGUCUGUGUUGUUCUUCCUGAUACCGACGGCGAGGAAGUUGCAAGCUGUGCCGGUGAGCAAAUGGAGGAUAUAUACUUGAUACUGUCGGGUAUUUGCGUAGCUGUAAAAGUAGACGUACUCUAUCGCACUAUAUAUUGUGUUGUCCCC